AGUACAGUUCUUACCUCGGACGUGUGUGGAACAACGUUAUUUGUUUUCUGUACACACAUUGCAUAUAUUUUUGCUAUUCAGAACGACAGAGAAAACAAUUAUCGGAAUAAACGCAAGGAACCGAUUAGUCCUGACCACGGCUAUAUCUACUGUGUAAUACCAAUGCCACGGUAACAGUAGGUUUCCAUUACUUCAGAUAUUUGUCACAUAAGCAAAUUGCCAAGAACCAUUACCAUCCGAAUAUUCUCAAUACCAUCGUCCUGUUAUUAUGACUGAAUUCUGUGCGUGAGAAUGUGAAGCCUCUUCCAUUUUUUAUGAAUUAACUGGAGGUGUCUGGCGUAGUAAGCGCGCUGCGUGCCGUAUACUACAGCACCACAACGUAUCAACAUCGAACACAGUCUCUUGCUCAUUGAAGCGCGCUACACCCAAUAACGGACGGUGUGCCAAUCGAGUCGGAUGCCGGGGAGGAUAACUUAUGAAAUAUUACUAUUGAGACGAAUUUAAGUGAAGCAGGUGAUACACUGUACAUGGGAUGUCCCCACUGGUAGCCAAUGGUGACGGAGAGAUAAAAGUCUGGUGAUUACGUGGUUGGUGCUGACAAUUCUCGUUGUUUAAUGUGGUGAUACGGCAGUGACCCUAGUCUCCGUCCUUUACAUAUCGGCAUGGCUCUAAAACUGACAACUAUAGUUGCUUGGAUUUUACACAGCAUCCAAAUAAUAACUUUAGUCACUGGGGCUGUAGAGUUAAACGUUUCUAUAUCCGAGAGUGAUCGUCCGCAACACGAUUCAGUAGAUACGGGUGAUGUUCAAUACCAAAUACGAAGUGAUUUUUCAUCGGAAACUUUGUCUUUAUUAACGGGUAGAUUUCUUAAUUCCGCAACUUUGGAUCUAACAUUCACGUUUGCAUGUCCUCAAGCUAAACCAGGCCAGGAGUCUGCUCAAACAGCUGGUGCAAUAGCCACUGGGCAGGUCACUUUAUUGACCUCAGGAUCAUGUUUGAUUUUGAAUUUGUCUUCAAAGAAUUUGUCUGUAACUUUCGACCUUCUUCCGAGAAAUGCUACAGAACCCCUAAAUAAACUGACCGGUUUGUGUACGGCCAAGCAGACGCUGGCAAUGAGUGUAGACCCUGUGUUACUGGGUGUUACAGACUGUGGGGACAGCAAGGAUGGAACGGAUUAUAUGGAACUACAAGUGAUACUGAAGAAUGCGCAGAGCAUGCAAAGUGUCGUUACAAAUGGAAAGACGAUCAACCCGGUAGGACUACGAUCGGCUGCGAUCUCUCUUGAGCCGGAAGACUUUACCUGUAACUUUGAAAGUGGAUGCCAGAUGGAAUUUGAUUCGUCCACAAUGUUGACGUGGACGGCUGAGAAGACGUUGUGCUCCCUUAAAGGACUAGAUAGUUACCAGGUGUUCCGUCGGGUACACUGUCAGGAUUACUCAAGGUUUAUUCCUGUCGUGGAUACUACAUCCGGGCAAUCACACGGCAAGUAUGGUUUCUUCCUUCCCAUGAAUUCCACCGUGAGCACGACCCUAUCUACUCCCGUUAUAUAUGGGAGUUCCGCCGGAUGUACGCUCCAGAUGUCGGCAUGGAUACAUCGUGGAGACAUCAUCAUUGUCAUUCGUACCACCAACAUCACGAAGUCGGUCGCUCACUUCGACAAGAAUACGAUAUUCGCAGGACAGAGAUAUUGGCAAAAUAUCUCGGUACAUAUUGGAAGUGUGCACACGCCGUUCGCCAUCGAUAUUCUCUUGCAUAGCGUUAGUGGAAACGUGGCAGUGGAUGACAUCGCAAUGCUGCAGUGUGGGGAUACUGAAGAGAAGGAGGUUGCUCCUGUGGGGUGCGGGACAGGAGACUUCCAGUGCAGCACCUGCCAUUGGGUACCUCACUCCAAGCUGUGUGACCUCAUCCCUGACUGCCUGUUCGGCGAGGACGAAUACCUUCCUUUAUGCUAUGAAAAUCAGUGGAAUGGAAGCUGUUCGUUUGAGGAUGGCUGGUGUGGUUGGGAAAAUAUUUUGAACCCUUUCCGGAGCGUGACACGAUGCGUGUUCGACAGGGCUAACUUCACAGACAUUGACAAGGAGAAAAUCGGCAAUAACCAUGGAGUUGUUUUACAAUUGCAUGGGAAGCAAUGUUCUGCGAGUGAAGAUGCCGCCAUCUACCGGGAGGUUCCCGCACUAAACUACGCUAACAACACAUGUCAGCUCCGGUUUUCCAUGCGUAACGCACGACGCGACAGGGUAGGCGUGAACAUGUACGAGAUGCUGGAUUCUGACCAGGUCACGUGGAUGUCCCUUGCUGUAGAAUCCACUCCUUCCAAAAGUCCUAACUGGAACCAUUACAGCACCACACUGCCUGUCACCCAUGGCAGGUUUGCUUUGGAGAUUUGGGCGCUGGUGUUUAUUUCGGAGGAUAUUCUAAUGGAUUUUGUAUCCCUUUCUCCCGAAUGCUUCAAACAAGGACCAGAUACACACAACGAUACCAUGAUGUUUCUCCGGGUAUCGGAAUCGGAGAAGGAAAGGUCCGGAUUGGUCCUGAUUGUACUCGGUACACUGACAGGAGUUGUGGCUGGUCUCACAGCUGUCUCCGUGACACUGAUAGUAGUGAAGCGUCGUCGCCAGGCGGUAGAAGGUCCGUGUAAGACACCUUACCGAAAGAACUCCUCCCACUCGUCAGCCACCAACUCAACCACCCUGUCAUGUCUAGAGGAUAAACACACACUUCAGGAUGAGGCGCUACUUGCGGAGGACACAAAUUCCGGCCGCCAGGCGUCGCUAAACGGAAGUAUCUGCACCAUGACUAUAUCGCCGUAUUACGAGUGGAUACAGGAUAGUGAGGAAAUGAUCAGGAAUAUCCCUAGGUCUAAAAUAAGACUCGUCAGUAUGAUCGGUAAAGGUGCAUUUGGAGAAGUAUUUUACGGAUUAUUGGCGGAUGUGGCUCAUUUACGAAACGAACUUCCAGUAGCUAUAAAAACAUUACCUUCGCUGUGUUCAGAGCAGACCAAAUCCGAGUUCUUCUUCGAAGCAAUUAUUCUAAGUAAGUUUAAACAUCCAAACAUCAUCAGAUUUUUGGGAAUUUCCAUCGACGAUCGAUCCAUGUUUUUGAUAUUAGAACUUAUGGAGGGAGGCGACCUACGUACUUUUGUCAGGGACGCGCGACCGAGAGAGAAAGGAGAAUGUUCCUCCCUCAGCAUUUUGGAUUUAUUAAAGUUAUCUUUAGACAUAGCGAAAGGCUGUCAGUAUCUCGAAAGUAACAAGUUCAUUCACAGGGACAUAGCCGCCAGAAACUGUCUGCUAACAGAAAAGGGUCCACAUCGCGUAGCCAAAAUAGGAGAUUUUGGAAUGGCGAGAGACAUUCUACGAACAAAUUACUACCGGAAGAACGGCGUUGCUAUGAUACCAGUGAAAUGGAUGCCACCGGAAGCAUUCAUGGACGGAGUGUUCACGUCCAAAACAGAUGUCUGGGCUUUCGGUGUGGUACUGUGGGAGGUGUUUACGAUGGGGUUUGUGCCUUACCCAGGAAAGACGAACGCUGAAGUGAUGAAAUAUGUCCUAGGGCACGGCCGUUUGAACCAGCCGCCACUAUGUUCGGGAGAACUAUUUGAUCUGAUGAAAAAAUGUUGGAAAUCUAAGCCAAAAGAGAGGCCAUCUUUCGUCUCCAUUGUAGAAACCAUGACAAAAAUUAAACGGGAACACAAGCAGGAGGAUCCAAUUAUGCUCGAAAAUCUUUCCAAAGACCCUGCUCCCUUCGUGAUAGAUACAAGCGGUGAACAGGAGGAACAAUGUCUGAUAGAAAACCAUGGUAACGAACUUAAUAAUAUGAUAGAUUCACGCAACUGUUCACCUGGUCACGUCUCUCUUCUAAGUAUGAAUACAGCCAGAAGUGAUGCAAUUUCAUAAAGUUCUCUGGGAUUACAAUACAGAGUAUCGCAGCUAUAUGUGUCCAAAGUGCGCAGGAGGAGACAACUCCGUAGGUACCGACCAGGAAUGGAUGUACUCUUAUUGAACCUUUGUGCCAUAUCAAUCAUAGUUAAACAGGAAUUGUGGUUGCCUCUGUUUAAAAAGAUUUUCUGUGAGUUGCAUACCGACAUUUUUUUAGGAUCGACAGUGUGUGUGGAGGUGUUAAGUGUUUGAACAAGAUGUAUGCUUGUGUGGGUGCGCGUGAAAGUGCGAUACCAGAAAGUAAUGGAUUGUGAGUGUAUAGUACUAUGAAUCGGGAAGUGUUGGAAUAGGCAGUGUGUGCGAAUACACUGUGUGAAACUUUUAAGUUGUACGUUGUAUACCGUAAGAAAUCUGUGAUAUUUGUUUAGGUUGUGAACAUGUGCCUCUUGUAGUCCAUGCAGUAUGCUAACAGUUCGAGUGUGUGUUUGUGAUUCUCCAAUCGCCACAAGUUCUGUCAAGAUUUCCAACUAGCAUUGUUAGUAGAACAAUUUUCAAUCUGAUAUAUAUUUUUGAGUUUAUUUUUUUCAUUUUUUCACGCGGGCUUUUUCUGUUCGUGAUGUUUACGGAAAUUAAGAAUACUAAGAUUCACGUGGAUAUUAUCUCCACGAUGUUGACAUACGAAAUUAUCGUGGAUACUGUCUUUGUAUCAAAACUGUCAUAUUAUCUAAUGGAUUGGCUUUAAUGUAACAUUUUUAGCAAAUACAAGCAAUAGCGCGUUUUUACAGCUUAUCAAAAAACCUUCUUGAUGUGCGAUGCAAUCAAUUUUUAUGUUAUCAUAGUUCAUUUAAGGGAUGUCAUAUAAUUUCUACAAUCUCUUUAUUGACCCUAGAUAUAUUUUUUAGUAAAACUACCAUCAUCCCGAGAGUAUAUCCGGUAUGAAAAAGUGAAAAGUUUUCGGAUGUAAUACACACGUUAGUUUGAAAUGGAAUAGAGACAGCAAGCGGAGGGACCAAGAGCACGAAUAUAUAGGGCAAUUAUAUAUAUUAUAAUAGCUGCUGAACGGCAUGUAAAACGUUGGUGAUGAGUUCGACGUAUCGGAGUGACUCAUUAUGUAGCCUAUUACGUCCUUUACCAUGAAAGUUAACUGUAACUUGUAUCAUGUGAACUUUUCUGUCAGAGUAAGCGGUGUAUUAUCAAAUAUGUGUUGUGUUUGAAACAUAUGUUUUAAGUUGACGUGUGAAGCGUCACUGUGCCUGUUUGUUAAAUGUUAAAUUUCAAUUCCAAUUAAAUGGCUUUCAAUGUAAAGUUUGCUAUGUUAUGUUUUCAUUAAACGACACAAAUAUGUGGCAGAGGUAACUAAUUGACGAUAAGGAAACUUUCUUUGUAACAACGUAAGCCCAGGUCUCAACAAGCUAAUUUCAGUAUUAAAAUAAAAUAUAGUCGUUUCUAACAAAAUAUUUUUAUUAUUCAAUAGCAUUGUUCUAGUUUUCAACAAGACUACGGGACCUUACAUGGUCUUUUUUCUAUUUAAAAUAUGUCAGGUUGGUACAAGUAUACCAACAUAGAACACAGACUGAGGGCAGACAUAUAUGUAAUGAUGUUAUUAUGUAAGGCUAAGGGCAGACAUAUUUGUAAUGAUGUUGUUAUGUAAGGCUAAGGGCAGACAUAUUUGUAAUGAUGUUAUUAUGUAAGGCUAAGGGCAGACAUAUUUGUAAUGAUCUUAUUAUGUCAGGCUAAGGGCAGACAUAUUUGUAUUGAUGUUAUUAUGUCAGACUGAGGGCAGACAUAUAUGUAAUGAUGUUAUUAUGUAAGGCUAAGGGCAGACAUAUUUGUAUUGAUGUUAUUAUGUCAGGAUAAGGGCAGACAUAUUUGUAAUGAUGUUAUUAUGUUAGGCUAAGGGCAGACAUAUUUGUAAUGACGUUAUUUUGUCAUGCUGAUGGCAGACAUAUUUGUAAUGACGUUAUUAUUUCAUGCUGAGGGCAGACAUAUUUGUAAUGAUGUUAUUAUGUAAGGCUAAGGGCAGACAUAUUUGUAUUGAUGUUAUUAUGUCAGGAUAAGGGCAGACAUAUUUGUAAUGACGUUAUUAUGUCAUGCUGAGGGCAGACAUAUUUGUAAUGACGUUAUUAUGUCAGGCUGAGGGCGGACAUAUUUGUAAUGAUGGUAUUAUGUAUCCCAUAGGUAUAAUGUUCUAAACCCUCUUUGCCAAGCGUUCAUUUAUUGUAAAUUUAUUUAAAUCACUUUGCCGGUAUUGAAGAAGACAGUCAUGAAACAGUAUACUUGAUUUAUCCAUUUUGGUUCCGCCCUUCAGUCCCUAAUGAGACAGUAUAUGAAAAAUAAAAUUUCACU